CAGCGAGAAGGCAGCCGCGUUUCGCUCUGGGACAACAUGUCGACGGCAGCUGAGCUGACACGGGGCAUCCCCCGAACGGGGGUCUCGUCCAAGCUGACAGAGACUGAGCGUGCGGGAAACAUGGCGACAUACUCGCGAGGACAGCCUCCUGCGGUGGGCGGCCUCCACACCAAAAUCAUUUCUUCUGGCGCCGACGGAAGGCAUGGACAGACGGGCUCGUCAGGCACGCCAGGCAUCGGAUGUGGCGGCAGCGGGGGGCCAGGAGGUCGCGGAAGUCCUGGCGAGCAUGGAGACGAUGCACUGGCACUUGAUGUGGCGCUCUCGGUGUCGGGCGACCGGGUGGUGGUCGGCUCGGCCAUGUUUGCGGGUGCCAUUGGCGGAACGGUAGCGCACGAGAGCGUCGACAACUCGUUCGAGCUUGGGCAUCCGGACACCUCGCUGUUUCUGGAGGGACGUGGCGGUGAUGGUGGGCGCGGCGGCGACGGCGGGCGUGGCGGCAACGGGGCGAUGGGCUCUUCCGGGCGUAACGCGACGCGGCACUCGUCGGGAACCAACGGCGGGCCAGGAGGAGCUGGUGGGCGCGGCGGCGACGGCGGGCGCGGAGGUAACGGCGGUAACGGAUCGCAGAUGCGGGUACGGGUGGAUCUGAGCGAUGCAGAUUUGCUCAUGCUGCUGAAGCGGCCGCCGCUGGUCCGGCGUGGAUAUGCCGGCGCCGGCGGUCACGGCGGGUCCGGAGGCUCGGGAGGGCCGGGUGGACCGGGUGGGGCGAGCUAUUCAUGGACGACGACGUCGACAGACGCCAAUGGCGUCACACAGACGCAUCACCACUCGAACCCCGGCGGAUGCUCAGGCCCGUCAGGCCCACCUGGGCCGAGCGGCCAUGACGGGCCAGCCGGAACGGACGGCGGGACUGGGUCGUUUAUCAUCACUGUGGCGAACUCGGGGCUUUCGGCGGCGUGGCGUUACGAGCUUGUGGUGGUCAAUGACGUGGAGCUCAUGGACCGCGACGGGUACGGGGUGAUGGAGCCUGGGGCGCACGUGUUUGUCCGCCACUCGGUGCUGAACGAGGGCGGGCUGCCGACGCCGCGUGACCAGGACAUUGCGGUGUUUGUCAACUCGAACGAGUGGGUUCUCUGCCGGCCCGAGGACGAGGUGGUCAUUCCGAACGAGCUCAUGCCGGGCUGCUCGCAUCACCUCUCUGCAGCAAGCGCCACGUAUCCACUUGGCGAUCUCCACAUCCAGAUUGUGGAUGUGUUUGAGCCGCGGCACGGGCCUGCGCUGCGGGCGCGAGCUGUGCUCGACCACCAGGCGCGGGUCUCGCGCAUCAACCAGACGUUUGACCACGUGGCAGAUCAGAACACAUCGUUCCGUGUCGAGUAUCCGGUGGAGGUGACGCAGAUCCGGGGCAACUUUUCGAUUUCCCGGUCCGAGGAGGCGAUUCUGAUGGUUCAGGUGGUGAACAAGUCGUCGCUGGCGAUUGGUGUCGACGCGCUCGAGUUUCCGCGCUUCCUGCAGUCAUACAUCCGGCUGGUACCGUCGCCCGGGGUUGAGGUGCAGGAUCUGACGUUCCGCGACUACUACGCCAACGGUCUUGGCGCGAGCGGGUUCUUCAACCCUGAACUUGGCAUCACGCGUGACAUCAAUUUGCUUGCACCUGGCGGGGUGGCGUACGUGGCUGGCAUGGUCUCGUUCACGAACCCGGAGACGAAGCUCUACACGCGGGCGACGUUCCAGGUGGACCUCGCGGUGGGCCACGUCAACGACAAGAUGAGCGGGCGCAUUGUGCAGACGCGGCCGUUCCAGGUCCAGCUCGCCGAAGCGUACAGCUACAGCGAAGCGGAUGAGGUGCUGCUUGUGGUCAACUUGCACUCUGAGCUGGACGAAGUCAACGCGUGGCGGCGGCUGAUUGCGGCGGUGUUUGGCGGGGUGGGAGUGGCGGUGUGGAACGUCAACCUCUACCACGGGUUCUCGCUCGACUACGUGCCACGGAGCGGACCGGGAACGUCGCUGGGGGAGAUCUUUGCCGGGAAGACGGUCAUUGUGCUCAACAACCCGUACGAGGCGCGCGAGCGGAGCGACAACUACCCGCUUUUGGCGAUGCCGCUAACAGAGAUGAUUGAUGCGUUUCGUUGGGAGCCGCGGCUGAUGCCACUCACCAACGACCGGGCUGUGUACCACCAAAAGGCGAAAGAUAUUGUCGCAUUCGAGUCUGUGGACGACAUUUUCAAGGGCGAGGCGUCGACGACGUCAUUGGCGGUGUCCGAGGCGACGGCGGCAGGCCCGAUCCGGCUCUCGGCGCAGGCACCGGCGGACUUUGCCGGGUACGUGUCGAAGCGUGGGGCGUCGCGCGGGGCAGCGUUCAAGGUGCGGUACCUUGUGCUGCGGCGAGCGGUCAACACGCUUGCGUACUACAAGGACUUUGACUCGGGCAACCCGACAGGAGUCAUCUACUUGCCGGACGUGGUCGAUGUGCUCGACGAGUUCGAGGUCGACCCGCAUGCCAAGGACACUCCGACGGUGGACCGGGCGGCCAAGUUUCGGAUUGUGUGUCCGGAUCGGACGUACCACUUUUACAUCUCCGAGGCCGCGGCGUUGGAGCAUGCCAAGCACGGAAUCGCGGGCACGCCGCCGUCGCGCGAUGCCUGGGUCCAGUACAUCCGCGACGCGUGUCCGCGGAUUGGGCUUCCGCCCGAGCCUCCGGCACCGCUCUUUGCCGAGCUGAGCGAGGUGAUGCAGUCAACAAUGGACGAGUACGAGGACUUUGGCGACGACGACGACGAUGACGAUGACGACCUUGUGCCGGCAUCGCCCCCACCCGAGUACGUCGAGGCUGGACCGUCAGGAGGCGGAGAGAAGGCCAUGUCUCCCGCGUUGCUGGCCGCGACUACGUCGCCGGCUGGAGCUGGGGCUGGGGCCGGGGUUGAGGCUGGGGCCGGGGUUGAGGCUGGGGCCGGGGUUGGGGCCGGGGCUGGGGCUGGGGCUGGGGCUGGGGCUGAGACUAUGGGGUCGGCGCCGCCGGCUGAGGCUGUGGGGUCGGUACCGCCAGCUGAGGCUGUGGGGUUGGUGCCGCCGGCUGAGGCUGGGGCAUCGGCGCCGCCGGCUGAGGCUGUGGGGUCGGUACCGCCAGCUGAGGCUGUGGGGUUGGUGCCGCCGGCUGAGGCUGGGGCAUCGGCGCCGCCGGCUGAGGCCGUGGCAUCGGUACCGCCAGCUGAGGCUGUGGCAUCGGCGCCACCGGCUGCGACGACACCUUCGGCACCACCGGCCGAGACGGUGCCAUCGGCACCACCGGCCGAGACGGUGCCAUCGGCACCACCGGCCGAGACGGUGCCAUCGGCACCACCGGCCGAGACGGCGACACCGCCACCACCGGCCGAGACGGCGACACCGCCACCACCGGCCGAGACGGUGCCAUCGGCACCGCCACCCACCCAGCAGGGCGACGAGUGUGAUCCGACGACGGUGCCAGCGUCCCACCCAGGUCUGUUUGCGGGUACGCUGUCGAAGCGCGGAAAAGGACUGUUUGGCAAGGGCUACAAGGCGCGGUUCUGCGUCCUCCGCGUGGUUGACCCGCCGCAUCCACAUGCACCAGCCAUCCUUACCUACUACAAAAGCGACAACUCGUCAUCGCCACAGGGCUUUGUGCCACUGGCACGGUUUGAAAUCCGGCCCGGCGGCACCCGCGAUUCGUUCCUGCUCGCCACACCGGACCGGACGUACUUUUGGUCCGCGACCGAAGCGGCGACAGAUGAAGCGACACCGAGCGGACACACACGGACUGUGCCACCAGGCGCGUCAGCAGAGGACAUAGUCCUGCUGUGGAUGGCCAAGCUCCAGCCGUUCUCGCGGCGGUUUGCGCCGGCACGCAAGGGGUCGAACUCGUCGCUACUCACUGUCGGCGAGAGUCCCGACUCGCCACCAGUCUCGGACGCACAGGCUUUGUUGCGGGCAGCGCGGCGAAGUGUCCGCGAUCUGGCGGUUGUCUCUGUCCCACGGCGCGACGAGGGCGGUGAUGCCUACGACGGCUCGGUGUCGGCGACCGGUGGAUGCGGGACACGGCUGGCCAAGGCCCAGACGACACCUGCGCACGCACCAGCCGACUUUUAUGGUGUCGCGCGCAUCCGGACGUCCAAGCUGAAGGACGGCGAGUUUGAGGAAGAUGCCAAGACGCUGUUUGUCACCCUCCGCGGACGGGUGGUUGCGUGGUACAAGUCUGAAACGGCCAAGAAGCCGAUUGAUGUGCUCUCACUCCGCAACUUUCGGCUUGUUGCGCCGCAGCGCGUCGGCAACGCUGAAGCCGAUAUGGCCAAGUUUGCUGCGGUUCUUGCGCCGCAGCCGUCAGCGGAGAUUAUCAUUGUCACUCCAAUGGCCGAGGUUCUCUUUUCGUUUGACAUUCGCGGCGCGCCUGGCCUCGAUGAGUGGCUCCCGCUCUUCAUCGGCCUCACCGAGGAGGAAGUGCCGCACCUCACGAUGGCGCACUUUGACGCGUCGGCUACGACAUCGGCCGUCAUCCCGGUCAUGCGCAAGUACUUGUUCGGCGCUCUUCCCCAAGAGAAGCACCUGGUCGACGCAGCACGCAAGCUCUCGGCUAAGCUCACGCGCAAGUUCCCGGCGGAGCGGUUCAUCAUCGAGUACGAAUACUAUGCGCCAGCCAAGAAGACCGGGAUGGCGCCGCGCAAGGCGUACCAGCUCGGAGUGUUGGUCAUCAAGCGUGGUAUGCCACGGGUUAACUCGGGCAUUGUCCCGCUGGUGCUCUCAGAGACCGAGGCGCUCGCGAUGCACGACCCCGGGACGACGCAUCGGACCGGUGUCUUCUCGAACGCCAAUCUUUUUGCGCUGUACAAGUCACUGUCGUUCGCUCACAAGCUGCAUCUGCUCAACACAGUGGCGCGACCGUCGUACCAGCAGCUGACACUCAUGUACCACGAGCUGUACACGAUUGCACAGGAUGUAGACGCGUUUGACGGGCGGACGCGGUGGGAGGCGACUCUCCAACCGAUGGAGGCAACGCUCCUGGCGUGGGCUAUCUGCUCGGACCUCGCCGAAGAGAUCUCGGCGUUCCGGCUCUCCAAGACAAACGGCCCUCUCAACAAGGCGACCGUUCGCGACGGUCUCACUCUUCACAGCAUGUUUGCCACCCACGCUAUCAAUCUGCGGCCCGGCGAUCAACUCGACUCGCCGACCUCGCUGCUGCUGCUGUUCAUUGUCCUCACUGAUUGGACGCUAGUGCGGCGGAUGACGUCGCGAUGGGCGCUUGCAGUCCGGCGGUCUGGCGCGGUCUAUGCCGGCGUCACGUACUGGCUCGAGCUUUCGCUCUCGUCGAUGGCGUUUGCGCUGGGCGUGCCCGACGGCGCCAUCGGGAUUCCGGACGCAUUUUGCGAGAAGGGCCUCGUCAUUGUGACCCAAGACCGGGACGCGCCGGUUCCCGAGGUCCCGCCGCCGAUCCCGGUGCGGGCCAUCGCGCGCGCGCUCGCGGUUCGCUGGUGCGAUAUGAGCGACGACGCGGUGCUCGGCGCGGUUGCGGUCCGGUUCGGCGUCAACCCGCAGGUCGGCACGUUCUGGACGUCCGACGCGUGCGUCAUGUCGCGCGCUGAGUUUGAGGCCCGGGCCCGGGUCCGCUCGCUCUUUGGCUCGCCGGCCGACGUCGUCGAGGGCGUCGCGUCGUAUUCGACCCAGGCUGAUCGCCUUGCCGCUGUCGAGGCGUACAUGGACAACCACGAGCAGUGGAUGUACCUGUAGCACAGCCGAGUAUUUCACCAUCAGUUCGGCACACACAGGCUCGGCGGUUGGCCCAGAGUCAUCGUCAUCAUAUUACAGCACAGGCUCGGCGGUUGGCCCAGA